UCCCGAUAUAAAAGCCUCAGCCGCCCAUUCACCCGCCCGCAGUGUGUGCUAGAACGUUAAAGUGUCCACUACUAUCGUGCAAGGACUUAUUGUUUUAACCAUGAAUUCACGGUGUUUAUUAGUGCUAGCAGCCGCCCUCGGCGUGGCGGUUGCUCAAGAAUCCUUCAAAUGCCCAGACGACUUCGGCUUCUACCCACACCACAUCUCCUGCGACAAAUACUGGAAGUGUGACAACGGAGUCGCCGAACUGAAGACCUGCGGCAACGGACUCGCCUUCGACGCGUCCGACUCAAAAUACCUGACUGAGAACUGCGACUACAUCCACAAUGUAGAGUGCGGAGAGAGAACACAGCUUGAACCCCCAGUCGGAACCACCCACUGCGCGAGACUGUACGGUAUCUUCCCUGAUGAUGUCAAGUGCGAUGUCUUCUGGAACUGCUGGAACGGUGAAGCUUCACGCUACCAGUGCAGCCCUGGACUCGCCUACGACAGAGAUGCCCGUGUGUGCAUGUGGGCUGACCAGGUCCCUGAGUGCAAAAACGAGGAAGUAGCGAAUGGUUUCUCUUGCCCCGCGCCCGGAGAGGUUUCCAACGCCGGUUCCUUCAGCCGUCACGCCCAUCCCGAAGACUGCCGUAAAUACUACAUCUGCUUGGAAGGAGUCGCCCGCGAAUACGGUUGCCCCAUCGGCACAGUCUUCAAGAUCGGAGACGCUGACGGCACCGGCAACUGCGAAGACCCCGAAGAUGUUCCCGGAUGCGAGGAUUACUAUGGUGACGUGGACUUAAAGGCGCUCAAGAAGCUGGGAUUCUGAAUGUCAAGGAGCGACUCGAAGGACAGACUGAAGCUUAACCCUUUCGAUUUGCUUAGAAAGUAAACACCUCUUUAUAAACAUCGAUUAAUUUAAUGAUAUUUAUUACACUAUGAAAAUGUUCAAAUGUUAUUUAAAAAGGUUUUUAGUUGUCGGUCCGUCUAUUAUGAAGUGUACUAGUUCGAGAAUGUUCCAUGAUGUUAUACGUGAGUGGUUUGCGACGUAGCGGAUAGGAUUACCUACUGUGAUGUGUAUCACAUGGUCGACUUACAAAAAAUGUAAACAGAUACUCAGUCAAAGUCAACUUGAAUGAAUAUAAGGAAUAAUGUUAUGCUUGAUUUUAAUGAGAGGUCUUACAGAAUAGUUUUAUCAGCUAUAUUUAAAAAUCCUUCUUUAUAAAUAAUGAAAGCUAUGAGGAAACAUUGCAGUAAAAUACUAACAACUAUCGUUAUAGUAACUGACGUUUCCAAAGUGCUUGUAAGCUAAGCCUAAUUCAAAUAAACGAAUUUGAACUUUGACUUUAAUACAGACAUUUUUUUCGUUGUCCAUUAUAGGGUUAAAAGUCUUAUUUUAAUAAGGUUUCUGAAGCCUUUUAUGAAAAAUAAGUAUUUAAAUAACGAAAGCCUUUCUAAUUGGAUCAGUAAUUUUAGAUAAAACUGUGGACUUACAAGGUACCUAAGUAGGUAUAUACAUAAAGGUCAAAUAUUCCAUAUUUGAACUUUAUUGUGUUUGUCAACACAACUAAUAUUCUCCUUUCCAAUUUCUUUAAAUGACCUUGCGGUAUAAUGAUAAACAAGUGCGUUAAUAUAGGGAAGAACCAGAAGUUUAGUGCAUGCAGAAUGAUAUUAUAAUGUAUCACACACUCUAAUAUUAUAAAGGUGAAAGUUUAUGUGUAUGUUUGUUAGCCGGAACUAUUGAGCCGAUUUUGUUGAAAUAGAUUAUCCUAGAGAUAGAUUUUAUCCUGGAUUGACAGGAUACAUGGGCUUUUAGUGGUUUUCGCGGUAUUUGAGUAAAAUAGCAAUUCGCGUCAAUGGAGCCGUGGGCGUCCGGCUAGUGAAUAUAAAUAAAAACUCUAGGUGUUGACCUUGUAAUUCCGUUUCACGCAAACUACCCACGUAUCAACUUAAUUUAAGGAACUAUGGUCUGUCUGAAGAGCCGCUCAAGUUUGGACAACAAUUUAAGAAUUUAAAGAUUUUUAUUUUUCAAAAGUCUUUAGCGUUUUGUAUUCUUUCAAAACUAUAGUCCUUUUUUGACAAGAAAUUAAAUUACAUUUAAUUGCUGCCAAAAAACAAAUGAAAUAUCAUUCUAAUUGCUUUGACACAGCACCGCCGGGAGUAGGUGCUGUGUUGAAAUGAAAUAAUUUAGUCAUUUAACUUUAGUUUUAAGUUACAGUUAGGUUAAUUUUCAUGGAUUAGUGUAAAUAAAGUUUUUUAAUCAUAA